UUUCUGUCACACGGCAGCGGCGGCAGCAGCGUGGCGACCGGGCCGGCGAGCGGAGAUGCCCGAAGCCACUCGGUGUAGCAGCAGCAGCGGGGCCGAGUCGGAUCCCGAGUGCCCUAUGGAGACCGAGUCAGCUCUGGAGAGCAGCCGGCGGCGGCGCAAGAAGGAGAAAAAAGAGAAGAAGUCUAAACGCCAUGAGAAGUCUCGGCGGAGGAAGGCUCCGGCCGAGGAGAGCGACCAGUCGGAGGAGGAGGAGGAGGAGGCCGAGCCCCCCAAACUCAAGAAAGCGAGGAGCGGGGGGGCAAAGCAGAACGGUCACAGCAGAGAGGAGAGCCCAGAGAACGCGAGGCUGUCUUCCCUCAACGCUAAAUCCGCCCACAAGAAAGGGCACAGUAAUUCCAGUGACACGUCAAGCGGUGACGGUGACAGCGACCAAGAGCAGGAGAUGACUGAAGAACAGAAGGAGGGUGCUUUCUCCAAUUUUCCUAUUUCCAAAGGGACUGUUCAGCUACUUCAAGCUCGAGGAGUGACGUACCUGUUUCCCGUGCAAGUGAAGACUUUCGACCCAGUAUUUUCUGGCAAAGAUGUAAUUGCUCAAGCACGAACUGGAACAGGGAAAACAUUCUCUUUUGCUAUUCCCUUAAUUGAAAAGCUUCAGGGAGACUCACAAGAAAGAAGAAGAGGCCGUUCACCAAAGGUGCUAGUUCUUUGCCCAACGAGAGAGCUGGCAAACCAGGUUGCCAAAGAUUUCAAGGACAUCACAAGAAAGCUAACAGUAGCUUGUUUUUAUGGAGGAACUCCGUAUAAUGGACAAAUUGAUCUCAUGAGAAGUGGCAUUGACAUUUUGGUUGGGACACCUGGUCGAAUCAAAGACCAUCUUCAGAAUGGCAAACUGGACCUCACCAAGGUGAAACAUGUUGUACUUGAUGAAGUUGAUCAGAUGCUGGACAUGGGAUUUGCUGAGCAAGUGGAAGACAUUUUAAGAGUUGCAUACAAAAAGGAUUCUGAAGAUAAUCCCCAGACACUACUGUUUUCUGCAACUUGCCCACAUUGGGUGUAUGAUGUGGCUAAGAAAUACAUGAAGUCUAAAUAUGAACAGAUUGACCUUAUUGGGAAAAGAACUCAAAAGGCUGCUACAACAGUAGAACAUUUGGCAAUAGAGUGCCACUGGUCUCAGAGAGCUGCGGUUAUUGGAGAUGUCAUUCAGGUCUACAGUGGCAGCCACGGGAGGACAAUCGUCUUUUGUGAGACCAAAAAGGAGGCAAAUGAACUGGCUCCGUUAAUUUUUCAGGAUUGCCAGUCAUUGCAUGGUGACAUUCCUCAGAAGCAAAGGGAGAUCACACUGAAAGGUUUUAGAAAUGGUACAUUUAAAGUUCUGGUUGCAACCAACGUAGCUGCCCGAGGUUUAGAUAUCCCUGAAGUUGACCUGGUUGUACAAAGUUCACCACCAAAGGAUGUGGAGUCCUAUAUCCAUCGUUCUGGACGCACAGGUCGAGCUGGACGGACUGGGAUCUGUAUCUGUUUUUAUCAGCGAAAGGAAGAACAUCAGUUAAGAUAUGUGGAACAAAAAGCGGGCAUUACAUUCAAGCGUGUUGGUGUUCCUACUGCAACAGAUAUAAUAAAGGCUUCCAGCAAAGAUGCCAUCAGGUGCCUGGAUUCUGUUCCUCAUACUGCUAUUGAGUAUUUCAAAGAGUCUGCUCGGUGGCUAAUACAAGAAAAGGGACCAGUGAACGCUCUGGCUGCAGCUCUAGCCCAUAUUUCUGGUGCUACUUCCAUUGAACAGCGCUCCCUGCUGAACUCGGAUGCUGGAUUUGUGACAAUGAUACUUCGCUGCUCUGAAGAGAUAAACAACAUGAGCUAUGCUUGGCGAAGACUGCGAGAACUGCUGGGCGAUGAUGUCGACAGGAAGGUGAACAGAAUGUGUUUCCUCAAGGGAAAAAUGGGUGUGUGCUUUGAUAUUCCUGCAGCAGACCAAAAGGAAAUAGAGGCAAGAUGGGAAGACUCGAAACAAUGGCGUUUGUGCGUGGCCACUGAAUUACCUGAGUUAGUAGAGUCACAGCGAGGAGGAGGAGGAGGUGGUGGAGGAAAUGGCCGAAGCUUCUCCAGCUCCAGGAAUGGGCGGCGGGGUAGCUCUGGUAGAAACAGAUUCAGAGGCAGAGGCCAGAAACGAAGUUUUGACAGAGCAUUUGAUCGUUAACUUCAACAAUCCAGAAGUGGAAAAAAAACCCGGGACUGCAGUAUUUUAUAUUACAUUAAAAUAGGCUGUUCCUAUGUGUUUGUACUUCUCGGAAAAAGUCUGUCCUUCAGAUUUUUUUUUCCCUCAGUACUACUUUGGUCAUAAACAAGAUCCUGUUCACUUUAAAAAAAAAAACAACAACAAACAAAAACCUACAAGAAAAAUAAAACUUGUCAUUUCCUUUCUUU